GUUUUUUGCAUCGUAGUCGUACUCAACUUAGUACAAACUAAUUUUCCGAUGAAGAAGAAGAAGAUGUAAAGUGAACACCAUGAAUAUGCUCCUUCGAUUGCGCUCAGGGGCACGGAGCUUGGGGGUUGCAGCGUUUGGACCGGCAGCGUGUGGUGAGGUGCCUCCUGCGGGGUCUCCCUCUACAACUACUGUUUUAGAGCAGCAGGGAGGCUCGGCACCAAGUCAGCGACGGAAUGUGGCCUCUUCGUGUCGCUCAUCAACCAACCCGUCAUCCGGGUUAUUUCGAAAUCACAGAGCCUCGCGACACCGCGCGUAUAAUGCACGACGCGUUUCCGCACGUGACGUUAGCUCAAUGUCAAGCGCUUCCAUGGCAAAAAUACGGGGGACUCUACGAUCGUCCUACAAUUGGGGAUCAGGAAUAGGACCACCAAACUGUGGUCGCAACGCAGGUGGGAAAGCUUUAU